CAUUUCGGAAUACCUCUGCCCAGGCCGUGCCACGAGCAACACAUUGCAGGGAUCGGAACAUCAUCUCCACUCUACGUUGCGGGAAAAGAAAACAUGAGAUCUGCAGGAGGAUCUAGUUACGCCAUCAGCAAAGGAACAUUCCAUACAAUCAUCCUUCAUUUGCCAUAGAAAUUUGCAUGUCCAUUGGCAUCUUUGUUCUCCCAACAUUACCAAUCCCUUGGUGAACCGCGAAGCCGUGGGUCGCACAGGGGUCUCUCACGAUGCCACGUCAAGGGAUGCGAAAGAAGCAGCGGGAGCGAGCGCAGGCGGCGAAGAAGGUGAAAAAAACAGAACUCAAAGAAACCCAAGGUGCCCCGCAAUCCCCGAAAGCCGUGGAAAGUCGAGCAGCGGAUAUGGAGGCAGUGCUGGCCAAAGGGGAGGCGAAUGAAAAGCUUUUCGAGUUGGCCAACAGACCGAAAGUGGCGAUCAACGUUGCUGGAUCCAGCCUGGAGGUGGUACAGGAUCGCAGCACGCAGGAACACAGUGGUGGAGUGGUCUGGGAGACGGCUCUGUUUUUGCUCCGCUAUUUGGAACGGAGAGUUCUUCCAGGGCUCCGAGCUGCGAGCAAGCCGCGAGUGGUUGAGCUUGGCUCCGGCUGUGGCUUGCUGGGCCUGGGCCUGGCUCGCCUUGGCUGCCAGGUGACCCUAACGGACCAGCUCUGUGCGUUGCCGAACCUGCAGAGCAACGUCGAGGCAGCAGGAACAACUGCAAAGGUGCAAGCGCUGUCCUGGGGAGAUCCCAGUGAUGUGGCUGCUGUGUGCAGCCAAGGCCCUGUGGAUCUGGUGGUUGGCUCCGAUGUGGUCUUUGCCAUGCGAUUCGUGGAGCCACUGCUGCAAACCAUUGAAGCCUUGUUGCAGGGCCAAACUUCUGGGUGUUGCUGGCUUUGUUUGCAAAGGCGCGACCCGGAUGCUCAUGCCCUACUCUUGCAGAAGGCGCCCGAAACCUUCACUGUAGAGGAGUUCUCCUUUGAAGGUCUUGCAGGCCUGGAAACAGCUUGUGCCCUGGAGUGUUUGCUCCUGAAGCUCACUCCCAAGGAGGCCAAGGGCUUCUCUCAGCUGUCGCUACCGGUGUCGAAAGCUGAGAGCUUCAAUGCGCUGGGUCCCAUGCCUCCAGCAGCAUGGGAACUGGUCUCGCUAUGGUCGGAAGUUUGGGACGCACCGCGUUUCAGGGGCCGGGAGCGAGUGCAGCAUGCGGCUUUGAGCCGAGAGGCCAUCUCACCUCUCCUCAAGCUCGCAGCCUCGUGCGUGGUGGCCCUACAACAGCAGCUGAAGGGCACGGUGCAGCAUGGAGCCUACGGGGCCUCUCGUGAGCUUCUGGUUGCCGCCAUCGAUGGCGGUGAAAAUGGCCCAAGGGCCCUAGCUGAUCCCCACGGCCGCCCGGCCGACUUCGUCCGAGCCCUCAGCAAGGCGGCCUUCAUGACAGGCGAUGGGGAGUACUCCGAAGGUCUCUCUGAGUCUCAACUGGACCAGCUCUUGGAUCAACUCUGCGCCUCACAGCUGGAGCAAGCCGCCUCCUUAGUACGAGAUCCAAGUGCCAGAUUGCGCGUGGCGAUGGAGAAACUCCAAGCAGCUGUGGAGGAAGUCUUGGCAUCUCCCCCGGAGGAGGGUGACCUGGCUGCCGUGGCCCAGCGCCUCAUGUUGGUGCAACGCUUGGAGAGGGCCGCGGAGGACGCUUCCGCAAUGUUGGUGAAAGACAACAGUUCCACUGAGGUCGAAAGCUCACAGGCGGUUGACACCGUGGACACCGUGGACACUACUGAGUCCACCAUGGAACCCAUGGAGGAGUCUGGCGAUGGUCACAAUGGCCACGCCGAGGAUGCCGAGGACCUUGGGAAAGGGGGGGUUCACCAACGAGACAUGCGGAAGGGACAUCGCAAGCUGAUGGAGGGGGUGCAGGUGGACACGGCUUUCGUGGCCCCCUCCCCUGCCGGCCCUGCCGUCACCGUGGCGCAUGGCGCUUCUGUGCCCCCAGUCCCGGCACAAAGCGCCCGGCGCAGCGCAUCAUCGCAGGGCACCGCCCGGGGCGCGGCGGUGAUGCCGCUGUACGCCGCUGGCAUCGCCGUGGCGAGUCUGCGCAAAGGAAAGAGGAGCCGCACCCUGCGGUGCGCCGUGGCCAGUGACGCUCCACGUCGCCCGCGCGUGGCUGUCGUGGGCGCCGGCUGGGGCGGCCUAGGAGCCGCCAAGGCGCUCUGCGAAAACGGCUGCGAGGUGACGCUUUUCGAUGGCGGCCAGCCAGGUGACUCCAUGAGCACCCCUUCUGGCAAGCCCUUUGAGGCUGGAACGAGGGGCUUUUGGCGCGAUUAUCCCAACAUGACUUCCAUCCUAAAGGAGAUUGGCCUGGAGGAGUCCGAGCUCUUCACUGACUUCACGGAGAGCGCCUUCUACAGCCCCGAGGGCCUGGAGGCAACGGCGCCGGUCUUCGACAAGGCGCCGGAGUUGCCCAGUCCGCUGGGGCAGGUGCUGGCCAGUUUCAGUCGCUUCAAACGCCUGCCUUUGGCCGAUCGCCUGUCCAUCACAGGCCUGUUGUUGGCCAUGAUCGAUUUCACCCGUGAUGAGGAGACAUUCAAGGCCUACGACCGCAUGACGGCACACGAGCUCUUCAUCCGCUGCGGUCUCAGUCGGCGCUUGGUGGAUGACUUCCUGAAGCCUACGCUGCUGGUGGGCUUGUUCAAACCACCGGAGGAGCUGUCGGCCGCGGUGACCAUGGAGCUGUUGUACUUCUAUGCCUUGGCUCAUCAGAGCUCCUUCGACGUGCGCUGGUUGAAGAAGGGCACCGUCAGUGAGACGCUGAUGAGCCCCAUGUUGGACCACCUGGUGACGCAGCACGGCUUGACGCUGCGCGGCAACACCUUCGUGGAGGGCCUGGAUUUGGACGGCGACCGAGUCUCUGGGCUGCGCUGUCGUAGCAGGGGCGGCGGCAGCGAAGUCAUGGAGGACCUGGACGCAGUUGUUUUGGCCCUGGGUGCCGGCGGCUUAAGGGCUGUGCUGCGAGGGAGCCCGCAGUUGGCCAAGCUGUGCCCCAACCUCUCAGCCGCAGGAUCACUGGGUGGAGUGGAUGUGAUGUCCGCUCGCAUUUGGUUUGACCGCACAGUUCCCACAGAGACGCCUGCCAAUGUCUUCUCGCGAUUUCGAGGUCUGCGCGGCGCGGGUGGCACCUUCUUCAUGCUGGACCAGCUGCAACCCGACGCUGAGGCACUCUGGGCCGGGGCGCCAGCGGGCUCCGUGGUGGCCUGUGAUUUCUACAACGCUGGGGCCCUGCUGCCGCUGAACGAUGAGGAAAUUCUGAGGCUUUUGACGGAGGAGCUGCUGCCUGCAGCUGUGCCGGCCUUCGGCAACGCCAAGGUGGUGGACAGCCACGUGAUGCGCUUCCCAGCGGCCGUGAGUUGGUUCUCGCCUGGAUCCUACGAGAAACGGCCCACCCUCGAGACGCCGUUGAAGAACUUGGUCUGUGCAGGCGAUUGGGUUCGCAUGGGCGAUCGCGAACACGGCGCCAAGGGCCUCUGCCAAGAACGGGCGCUGGUCUCUGGGCUGGAGGCAGCCAACCUGCUGGCGCGUCGAGGCGUGCUGGGCGCGUCCAAAGAGCACGACGUCAUCCCGGUAAGAGAUGAUGAGCUCCAAGUGCAGCUGGGACGUGCUGCCAACAAGACUGUGGCCCAAGUGCUUGGUCCUCUGGGCCUCAGCAGCCCCUGGGUCCGUUGAACGAUUUUCUGCGCGGGGGUCACCUUGGAGGUGUGCCCCCAGCACCGAUAGAGGGGGAAGAACAAUGGCAUGGCGCAGAAACUUUUCCCCUGAAACUGGAAGAUACAAAAACUGGAAGAUCUACC